AUGUUCUCCUUCGGUGCAGGAGAUACUGGCCAGGCGGCAAGGAGUUCUUUCAAGGCGGAUAAAAAGUCGUUCAGCAAGUCCACGACCAGCUCAAGCAAGACUUCGCCACAGAAGGCCGAUUCCGUGAAGACUGAAGUCGUCAAAGCAGCAUCAACCCAAUCAUCUCCAACCAAGAAGUGGAGGCCUAGCAAGAAACACAAAAAGUCGCUUUCAGCCAAGGCCCUCGACGCUAACAAGCGGACACGGCUGAACUCCCUCCCGCAUACCUCCCCAACUUCGCCAGUAGAGUCAAGCCCAUACCACACUUCACUAUCUGGAACUGAGGUGCGGAAUACAUCGCCACCUCCAGGAGUUUUCGAGCUCGCCGAGACUUCGCCAAGGGGCAAGAGUGCGACACGGCCUAAGCACAUUCCAAUCGUCAUUCCUCAGUAUGCUAGCGUAAAUCCCGAGUCAUUCGAGGCCAGAUCUGGAUCGAUAAGCACUUUCCUAUCCAGCGCGAGUAGCGACUCGCCUCUCACCACUGACUGGUCCUCCGCACCACCAGGAUUCAGCUUGAGGUUCAACACUGCAGAUAAGAACAAGCCGCGGCAUGUUGAGAUACAGAUUCCGGACUGGGCACAACCUGUCUUGAAGCACUCCAGCACAGCGCCACGUCUGGCUUUCCGCCAAUCCACCUUCACGGACCCAUUCUCGGACGUAACCAGUCUGUCCUCCCCCGAUAUGUCUCGACCAACACCAGAUACCAGUCGGACCAGCACCAUGGAUUCCAACUCUGCUCCUCCAAACCAGCUCUAUGCUAACCAGCAAGGCCAUGGCUCCAGGCAGCAUUUGAUUAGCGCGAACAGUAGCCACUCCAGUCUUGUAGGCUUGCGUGCUGAGUACGAAUCUGCCUCUGAAGCAGAGUCAGGGCACGAAGACCAGAAGUCACAUACACCCUCGCAGUCCGCGGGACCAUCGCCUGCACCUGAUCAGGCUUCGACACAGACGACGCCGAGUGGUAGUAAUACUGCACAUCUAUCUGGUCUGGUGUGCAACGUUCAUAGGACUACCGGUAAGGAGCCACAUCCGCUCGUGGGGGCUACGACUACUAUUCUCGGCGACAGACUGUACGUCUUUGGAGGACGAAGAUUAUCUCGAACGAAGCCACAGUUGACUGCGAGUCUCUACGAGCUUGACCUUGUUCGCCGCCACUGGACGAAACUAGACGUCCGAGGUGAUAUACCUCCUCCCCGCUACUUCCACAGCGUCUGUGCCCUUGGGGACACGAAGCUAGUAUGCUAUGGUGGUAUGUCGCCUGCACCUCCUACAGAGCUCACGCCCGAGGGCCAGUCCGAAGUCAUCGUAAUGUCCGACAUCCAUCUCUAUGAUGUUAAUACAAGAACAUGGACCAAACUGAACACCGUGGAGUCACCCCAAGGCCGAUAUGCUCACUGUGCCGCUAUACUGCCAUCUUCGGCCGUAUUCGCAUCCUCAAACGCACCGUUGUCUGCUGUCCAUCACAACCCAGCUGGAAGCGAGCCUAACCAAGGCACGAUUGGCGUGAACAUUGACAGUGCUGGUGGUGCUGAGAUGAUCGUGGUUGGGGGGCAGGACAGUGCAAACCAUUACAUCGAGCAAGUCAGUAUAUUCAAUCUUCGCAGCUUAAAGUGGACUGGCACCACAGGCAUGGGCCGUAGCUGUGGCGCAUAUAGAAGUGUCGUCACUCCGCUUACGACUAUGAGUGCAUCUCAGAUAGGUGCAGGACCACAUGCCAUUGCUGAUGAAGACGACGAGGAUGAGCCAGAUACUAUUGGCUCUGGCGCACCUAUGCUCAUCUACUCGAAUUACAACUUUCUGGACGUGAAGCUGGAGCUGCAAGUCCGAUUGACGGAUGGCACCUUGACGGAGAAACCAAUGCAGACUGGUGUAUCGCCACCAGGCUUGCGCUUUCCGAACGGAGGCAUCAUUGACAAUCAUUUCGUGGUGUCUGGCACUUUUCUCACUUCCUCGAAGCAAGAGUAUGCACUGUGGGCACUAGACCUGCGAACUUUAUCAUGGAGUCGGAUUGAUGCUGGUGGUAGCGUCUUCAGCCAAGGAAGCUGGAAUAGAGGUAUCUUAUGGAACAGACGAAACUCUUUCGUCAUCUUGGGUAAUCGUAAGAGGAGCCUGGUAGACGACUAUAACAACCGGCGCAUUAACUUCUCUAAUAUAUGUAUUGUCGAGCUUGAGGCUUUCGGGCUGUACGACAAUGCCCGUAACGUUGAGCCGACCUCGGACUUCAUGUCAGCUUCCGCCACACUACCUACUCCCAAUACUGAGCCUUCUACAUCUGGCAGACAGCUCUUUGUGGCUGCUGAGGAGCUUGGUACUUUGUCAAUGAAUUUGCGUGAGUUGGCUGAUAUGGACUUCCUCGCGAUCGAUGGCACUCGCAUACCAGUCAGCAGCAGGCUCAUGGCACGCCGAUGGGGCCAGCACUUUACAACUCUGCUCAGAGAAUCUCUUGUGUCAGCAUCCGAGACUGACACUGCCACUUUGCGACCAACCAUCGGAAGUCAUCCUUCACGCAACUCGAGUAUCACGAUCACACCCUCUGUGACGUCUGGUAUGUCCGGAGCCACGACGUUGACGAACAACACUGUACCCGAGAUACCUGAUACACGCUCCGCGCCACCCUCUACCAGACCCAGAUUGUUCUAUCUCCCGCAUACCGCGCCAACAUUACAUGCUUUGCUUCACUAUCUAUACACAUCUACACUACCAUCACCGCCUUCAGCCUUGGCUACACCUCAAAUUCUGUGCUCUCUACUGCAGCUAGCUCGACCAUAUAGGAUUGACGGCUUGCUUGAAGCUGUUGUGCAGCGUCUACACGAAUGCCUUGAUGGCCGCAACGCUGCCGCUAUCUUCAAUGCCGCAGCGAUGGCAGCGGGGGGUGGUGAAGGUGUACAAUUUGCUUCUGGUCUUCCUGCAGCAAGAGACAGCGUAGUACCACUGCGCGGUGCUAGCCUAGCGAAUCUCGAUAGUUCUGGAAUCAAUGGACUAUCCCGUCAUGCGGCAAGCCUGCGGAUCGAUACUGAUAUGGCGAAUGGACGAAGCACACGAAGCACCUUGCGUGCCGCUGACGAGCAUGAUGAGGACCAAGAUGUACCGGACAGUGCUACGACAGACGCGAGCAUGAGCGAAAGUGAAGCUAGCUUGAGUGCGAGAAGCUUGACUGCUGGGGCCGGUAGGGAUGGUGACUUAUGGACUGGCGCACUUAGCUCAGUUGUAGGACUUCAGAAACGAGGUCUGAGAGGGCUUAUGGAGGGUAGGAGAAUAAGAGAACGUGGUAGGAAUGAUGGUCUGCCUGAGGGUAGCAGGGUGGGUCUAGGGAUUGCAUAA